GAGGGUGUGGAUGCAUUAUGCCAAUACUUUGAAAGUGCUUCUCUCCAUGAAUUUGAAGUUGCUUAUGAUUCCCAAAACUUGGAUAAUAUGAAGAUCUAUGCUCAUGCUUUGGUGGCACUGAAUGGCGGAUCUAUUUGUAUACAAACUUUUAUUCAAAAACAUCAAAUAUUUUAUGACAAUCCAUUUAAACCUGAAGAUAAUUUUAUGAAAUCAGAGAAUGAUUUGGAACCAUUUCAUCAAUUUAUUGCAGCCAUUACAGAAGAAUUACAACAACAAGCAACCGUUAUCUCACAAGUAUUUCCAUCCAACGUUGAUGUCUUUUAUUCAUUUGCGGAUCGGGUGUUUGAAGAUGUGAUUUCUGAAUAUCUUGUACAACUAAUGGGUUUGGCUCAUGACAAAGGCACCAAAGUUUAUCUACAUACCACCUCCUUGGCAUUAUCUUUGACAACUUCCUUAGUAAAAGUCAUGACUGAUACUGACUUGCCAUGUCACUUGGAUCAAGAAAGAGGCACUAAUCUUUUAUUCAAACUACUUUUACCAUUUCUGGAUGAUUAUUUAUUCGAGGAACAAGGAUAUGUGAACAAGACUUGUGAAGAAGGAAUAGAAAGAUGGAACAAUAGAACCAGUGCUCAAAGCGACGAAGAUGCCAAAAGAAUUACGAAUCAAUCAAGAGAAACAUUUAAAAGAAAUUAUCUAUCUGCUUUUAAAAAGGUAAUUGCUCUUCCUGUGGAUCUUAAUGGGAAAUCUGAAAAUGUUACACCACAAUCAACACCUCCAUCUACACCACGAUCAUCCAUUACUAAUUCCAGAAAAACGAAAACGGGAUCUAUGGUUUCUAUAUCAUCCGCUUCUUCCAUCAAAUCACCAUCCACUCCCACUGCCUCUUCAUCACCAUCUUCACGUCCUUCAACAGAUGGCAAUAGUAACCUUGAUCCGAAUGAUGCUUUGGAAACAGCUCAAACUCAACUGGAUAUGAUGCAGGAUUUACUUAGUCUUGAAUUGGCUUUACAGCUCAUACAUUACAAUAAGGAUUCAGAACGGCGUGUACAAAGAUUUAUUGAUAUUGGAUUCCCUGGACGAAUGAAACAUGAUAUUCAAACAACCUAUGAACAAAUUUUUAUUCGACUUUUGAAAGCCUUAGGUGCGGAACAUAUCAAACCUGCUUUUGAUAGAGCAUCUAAUGAAUUAUUACGAUAUAAACCCAAAAUGGAAUCAUCAAGCAAUACGGACGAUGUUCCACCAUUGACGGAUUUUUUUGAAUUGGUACAUAUAGCAGAUGUGAUUCAACAAAUGGUUCAACUUUAUUAUGAUGAAGAAAUGACCAAAUUCAUUGAUAAGCAUGAUUUUAUGAAUGAAGUCAAUAAAGAAAAAAAGAUAUUUGAGAGAAUGUUGGAUGACUGCGUUGCUCAAGGAAUGGAUCAUGGGAUUCAGGUGUUAUUGUCACAAGUUGAAAUGAUUUUGAUGACUGAACAAUUACCAAGUGAUUACAACCCACCAGAUUUUAUGGUUGAUUUGACUCCUACUAAGGCUUGCUUAGAUGUGAUUCAAUGUUUGAAGGCAAAUACAUCCAUGUUACAAGGUGCUGCUGAAAAAUCAACAAUGGAUUUAUUCUUUUCUGAAGUAGGACGUCGAUUCUUUGAAAUUUUAUCAAAACAUUUAAAAACACAAACUGUGAAUGAACAAGGUGGUAUCCGAUAUAUUUGUGAUAUGAAUGCGUAUUAUGAUUUUGUAUCUUCAUUACGACAAAAAUCAGUGACUCCAUACUUUUUAGCACUCAAAUCAUUGGCCAAUUUAUAUAUUAUUGAUUCAGCACCGGAUAUCAAGAGUGUGAUUCAUGAUUUAGAAAGAUACCAUGGUCUUAUGCGAAUAGAAGAUUUAUUUGAAUUUGCUUCUUGUAGAAGUGAUUGGGCUGUGAUUAGAAAAGUAGUACAAAAAGAUAUGACAGAUUGUAUUAUUAUGUAG